AUGGAACGAACCUACAGUGACUCCGUGACUCCCUCUUGUUCUUGCUAUGACGCGCUUUCGUCGCAGGUCACGUCGUCUCGCCCAACGUCACUCGCUAUGAAGUCUACUCCUCCAGAGCCGAUCUCCCUAGACGUGGCGUGGCAUAUCUUCAAUCACAGCGAACCCCAUGUCCAGUCCAGGUUCACGCGAUGCUCGCGCACUUGGCAUUCGUUCUUCAACCCCAAGUUUUACCGAAAUGAUUACUCUGCCGUUUUCAACACCAUUGCCAACUGUACAGAUACGCGGCACACCUUCCAAGCCGGCGCUGACUACAACAAACCGGCCACCAUCCCUUUCCUCGUUACGGCCCUGUAUCUGGCCGCUUCGAAGGGCUACCCUGACAUUGUGUCAUUUCUCCUUGACCACGGCGCCGAUAUCGACGGGGUCCCGGACUGCCGGCUACGCACUCCCGCCUUCCUAUCUCUUCUCAGCGGAGACGCCAGGACGUCCAUGAUUCUCCUUCGGCGUGGCGCACGGCUUGAGUCUUCCGAGUUUGGCAUCAACGCCCUCCAUCAAGCCGCCGCCGCCGGGCUCACCGAAAAAGGAAUGGAAGUAAACGAGGCCGACAACAACGGGGACACGCCACUGAUCCACUCCCUUUUGUCUCCGUCGCCAGAAACGGUCAUAGGUCAGCUGGCGCAGUUCGGCGUCGACCCUACGACGAUCGACACAUGGCGCAUGACGGCCCUCAGCAUGGCGUGCGAGGACGGCAUGUUCUCCGCCGCCCUGGCACUGUUGAAGGCUGGGGCGGACGCCACGGGCGAGCUAGACGGAUUGGUCGAGGGGGCCGACCCGCGCUCCCCGCUCGAACUAGCGCUUCUGGCCCGGGUCAAAGAAACGGAUGGCAGGACGGCAUCGGCGAAGCAACGGCUCAUCGAACUCCUCCUCAAGUCAGGCGCUGACCCAAACCAAGUGCUGGCGCGUCUUGCGGACGCACAAGACCACUGGAGUGUGAUCAGCCUGUUGACGCGAGAGCCUAAGCUGUUGAAGAUAUUCCAUGUGCUGUAUUCGCACUGUUUCUGGGCAGCGUCCCGGGGCGGCGACGCUGCCGCAUCACGGUUUUUGCAAGAGUCGCCGAACGUGAUUGUGCGACUCGUCAUGGAGAUGCUGAAGGAUGGUAUGAGUCUGACGAAGACGGGCGUCUUGAACAUGCUGCGAAACGCGAAGGAUAGUAGGCCAGGGCCGGUAAUCGCAGGGGUUUUCCGAUCAGAAAGAAAGAGCGCCAUGCGAAGGUGGUGUUAG